GUUGGCACCAACUCACACGUGUUUGUGUUAAAGUAGUAAAUGGUCUCAUUUGUCACAUAUUUUUGGAUUUGUUUAAUUUUUUCAAAUUAUUUAGCUCCGUUCUAGCCAACGAAAUUAUUCGCAAAUAAUUAAAAGUAAAUAUAAAUAAUGGAAGUGUUAAACGAACCUAUUCGACAAGAAAUGAUGAUAUUAUGUUGUAUUUGCGGUAUUGGUAUUGAACCAAAUCCAGCAAAUAUGUGUGUAGCAUGUCUACGAACUCAAAUAGAUGUCACUGAGAGUAUUCCUAAACAAGCAACAAUUCAUUUCUGUAAAGGCUGUGAAAGAUAUUUACAACCACCUGCCGAAUGGAUUCAUGCUGCAUUAGAAUCCAGAGAGUUAUUAACAUUAUGUCUAAAAAGAUUAAAGGGUCUAAAUCGAGUGAAAUUAAUCGAUGCUGGGUUUGUAUGGACAGAACCUCAUUCUAUGAGAUUAAAGGUAAAAUUAACAGUACAAGCUGAAGUUAUGAGUGGAGCAAUUUUGCAACAAGUAUUUAUAGUUGAAUAUACUAUAAAUCAUCAAAUGUGUAAUGAUUGUCAUCGAACAGAAGCUAAAGAUUAUUGGCGUGCAUUGGUACAAGUGCGACAAAGAGCGACAAAUAAAAAAACAUUUUAUUAUCUAGAGCAAUUAAUUUUGAAAUACAAAGCACAUGAACAAACUUUGGGCAUAAAACCUAUUCAUGAAGGUCUAGAUUUCUUUUAUACAAAUGAAGCGACAGCACGAAAAAUGGUUGAUUUUCUUUCAAGUGUUAUACCUUGUCGUUAUGAUCAUUCCAAAAAAUUGAUAUCACAUGAUAUCCAUAGCAAUAUUUAUAAUUAUAAAUUUACAUAUAGUGUGGAAAUAGUUCCAAUAUCAAGAGAUAGCGUAGUAUGCCUUCCAAGAAAAUUAAGUCAUCAACUUGGAGGAAUAAACGCAAUUUGUCUAGUAUAUAAAAUUACAAAUUUUAUACACUUAAUGGAUGUAGCAACUGGACAAAUUGCAGAGUUAAAUGCUACACUUUACUGGAGACAUAGUUUUAAUAGUAUUUGUGACCCAAAGCAAUUGAUAGAAUACACAGUAAUGGAUAUUGAACAAAUAAAAUACAAGGAUAUAAAAUUUUUCCCUGGACAGGGAACUAUUUCACAUAAGCAUGUAAUAGCAGAUGUGUGGGUGGUUAGAAGUUCGGACUUAGGAUUGAACGAAAACUUAAUUCAUACACGCAGUCAUCUUGGUCAUAUAUUGAAACCCGGUGAUACAGUUCUAGGGUAUGCUCUUAGUGAGAGUAACAUUAAUGAUGAGAAUUUUGAAAGAUUGAAUAAAGACGUAAUACCAGAUGUAAUUUUAACAAAAAAGAAUUAUACACAAGAUAGAGCAGCGCGUCGUAGAAUGAGGGCUUGGAAAUUAAAACAUAUGAUAGAAGAUAAAGACAGUAUAGCUACAGAUAAUAAUGAUUAUUAUGAAUUUUUGGAAGAUAUUGAAGAAGAUCCAGAAAUGAGACAAAAUAUAAAUAUUUUCAAAGAUCCUAGGAAAUCUAUUCCAGUUGAUACCAAUGAAUUAUCUGAUCCUAGUUAUCCGCAAAUUAGUCUUGAAGAAAUGCUCGAGGAUCUCUCUAUUGAUGAUAUCGAAAUACCUCAUGUUUUAUAAUAACGAUUUGAAUAAAAUUAUGUAUUAUUAA